UGCUACAUAAGGAGACGCAACAGACACGAUUAACAGAAACACGUCCCUCGCUCUACUGCUGCGGUCAAAACAAAACUGACUGCAGUUGGUCCGGCGGAUGAUGAUGAAAGAGGAGAGGUUUGAUAAUCCCAUUUACAGCAGCUGCAAUGGUCCAAUGGGCUUCACCGAAGUAGACCGGGAAUCCUUACCGACACCGUGCAACCGAACUCACCUCUCAGGUUCUACAUCCUUAAGAAGACACCACAUACUACUGCUGUGUGUGGUCGUAGUGGGGUGUACUGUGGCUGUCAUAAGUCUGUUUGCCCAGAAACACAAUAAAAUUGCACAGAGACAGCGGCCAAAUAAUGAAACCUGUUUGGCAGAGAGAGAAGAGAUCAAGACUCUGAAAUCAGAGAACUACCGCGUUCUACUAAAUAUGAUUUUAAAGCAGGAAGGAUGGAAGCAUAUAAACUCCAGUCUGUACUACAUCUCUACUGAGAUGAAGUCCUGGGAUGAGAGCAGACCUUACUGCCAAAGGAAGGGAUUGGACCUGGUGACCAUAAACAGCGAAGAGGAACAGGCCUUUCUCCUUGAAGUGGUCAGUGCAAAGAAAUUGGAGGGAGUCUGGAUUGAUUUGUCUCCUAGCAACACAAAGGAGACGUCAACACGGGUGAAGAGAGGUGCGGGGUCAAAAGGCGGUCAGGAAGAGGACUGUGCUAAGCUUACGGUCUAUGAGACACCUGCAGUGAAAGAAGUAACUGGUCGACAAUGUGGGACACAAAAAUACUGUAUUUGUGAAAAACACCUGAUGUCAAAUACCAUGUAAGCAAGAGAAAACGUUAACUUGUUCUUGUGAAAGGAUUAUACUUGGUUUUAAUGGAGGGAACAACUGCUAGAUUCAACUCCUCUUGCUGUGACAUCCCACAAACACCUAAUUUUUCCAGCCAUUUCACCCCUCCAUGUUGUUUCAACUGUGCUCUUGCUUCGUGCACCGUUGAGCCCCCCUCAUUUUCCAAGAAGCAACUGUUAGUCAUUCCAGUUAGCCUGGUGAGGGUUUUACCCUGAACUACACAUCUGUACCGUAUAGUAAGAAAAGUUAAAAGGGGAGUGUUCUGUGGUUGGGACCCCCCCUGCAUUGUUCCAAUACGCAAAAGCACUUUCAGUCAAUAAGCUUUCUCAGUGUGAGAGCCUCGAUUUUAGCCAGCCAGUUUUCAACUGAAGUCAAUGGGCAGAUUGAUUAAAAACAUUUUUAUUUUUUUUAAAUAAACAUAAAUAUUUCACAUGAAUUUCACGUAAAAACAACAUUUAGUAAAACAUUGUGUUUAGAUGAGGGGGCUGAUUGUCCUUCAGACACUCAAGUCAACGGUAAAGGAGUGACAGGUUACACAGCUUAUAUGUCCUUCAGCCACUCUCAAGUCAAUGGUAAAGGAGUGACAGGUUACACAGCUCCCGAAGGACAAUCAGCCUCCAUCUAUACACAAUGUUUGGCUAAAUGUUGUUUUUUGUUUACAUGAAAUGUAAAAAAAAAUAUAUAUUUUUUUUUAAUCAAUCUGCUCAUUGACUUCAGUUGAAAACUAGCUAACUGGCUAAAUCUGGCACACAAACUGCAAUGUUGAUUCAUGUUAAAAUUAAAUUAAAUGUAGUUCGUGCUACAAGGGUAGGAAACCCUGGUGGGUUGCAUUUAGCCAAUCACAGGGCUAAGAUAUAUUUUAUUAGUCCCUGUUAUAUUCCAGGCACAGGGUUACCUACCCCUGUUCUAUGUACAGAAGAGAAUGUGCAAUAUUAUAAAGGAAUACCAGUUUUAUUUUUAUAUUUUUCAUAUUGUAAAUAAAAAUCCUUCUUUACGA